UUUUUUGAAACUUUAGGAUAAUAGUUUUAAUAUUAUUUUAUGUGUAGAGCUUUUUACUUGCCCUUAAAACCGACCACAAGGACUUUUACUCCCCCCAUUAUUUUUUUACAAAUGUCAAAUAACGAAAUGAACGGGAAGAAAUUUAAAAUGUCAGUCGGAACUUGGUGCGCAGCUUUGAAAAAAUCGAAAAUUUUAGCGAAUUAAAUUUUGGGUGAAAUUGUGACUAUAUGUAUAUGAAAAAUGUCUAAAAAUAUGAAAUAAAAAUUUGUUACGAAUCGGAAUCGUGCACUAUUUAUAAGUUUUGAACAUUGCAAAGAUAAACAACAAGUAACAAUGAAGUCUUAACAUUGUGGCGAAUAUGAAAACUUUUGUGAAAAGUUUCCAUUAGUUUUCCUAUUUUUAGUUCUAAAUAAAUGUAUACUUCUGUGGCGUAAACAAAUUACAGCAAUUGAAUUGGGAAUAAUGGAUGUUCUGCCAGAGAAUUCGACUGUAGUACGGGAUGUUACCGAAAACAUAACCAAACCAACUACCGGAAGUAAUAUGCUGGAUCUCACAGCGGAUUCACAAAAUGUUGAACUAUUUAAUGAAAAAAAUGAAAUGGGCGUGUAUUGUUCGCCAGAAGGCAGUUUAAUUGCUAAGACCACUAGCACAACAACCAAACUAACAACAACGGAUGGUUCAAUUACUACAUUAACCUCGACAACAUUCUCUCCACUUAAAAUACAGUAUUUCGCUAGCUUCCAUCAGAUAUGUGUCGUGUCGGCAUUACUUCCACUUGUAACUUUACUAUCCUGUUUUGUCAGUGCAUUGGUCUUCCAAUAUGAUGAAGUACAUGAAACACAUUGUCGUGUUUACAAUAUUGUACCAUCGAUAAGUGCAAUUACUGGGGUCAGUCCUCAACGCUAUUUUUGGCGUUUAAGUAUUGCAUUUCACCUAGGCCCGCGUUUGCCAAUUGCCUUUAUAUACAAAAACUACUAUCGUAGUCUCUUGGAACAAUUGGAACGACGAGCACCUCACCAAGUGCCGAUAACCAAUUUGUUGAUAACUUUAAUUUUGAUAUUGAAUUGCAUCGAAAUUAUAUCGUUAGGCGGUGUUACUUAUAUAUCGAACCGAGAAAAUUAUCCAAUACAUGAAAAAAUUUUUAUAACGUUUAUGAUUUGCUCCUUGUGUCACAUGUUGGCCACUAUUAAAUUGAAUGAAAUUUUGCAUGAUGAUCACGGAGAGUUGCCACCUUCACAACGAGAGUCAAUUAAAUGGAAGAAAAUACUCUUUGCCAUAUCAAUACUGAGCACUAUUGGGUUAUUAAUAUUUUUUGCCAAACAUCGUUUCUAUUGCCAUGACAUGGCUUUCAGUUGGUUUGCUUUCUUCGAAUACGUAAUUGCUGUUGCAAAUAUGCUAUUUCAUUUUACCAUUAUAUGGGACUUUCCAUCUCAACAUAUGCUGAUUAUACAAGGAUCUCGCACAAAUAUUGAACAAAUGUUUAAUCCGCCAAAAAAGAGAGAUUAAUUCUUGAAUUCACUAUUUCUUUGUAUUCUUCUUCGAAGAUAAUAUUUAAUGUACAAGUUUCCUUCGCUUUACAAAUACCAGUGCUUCCGUGCUUAUUGUUGGACACUGAAAAUAUUGGUGACAAAGCGAUCUUUUAGGUGCUAUAGUAUCUACCUUUUUAUCUAUCUAUUUAUCUAUCUACUAUU